GCAGGGGCGGACUAACCAUUUGGAAACUCGGGCACUGCCCGAGGGCCCGGGGUCAGUAGGGGGCCCCAUGAGAUGCCCCUGGUACCUUUUUCAUGGGCUUUUUUGAGUUGGGGGCAAGGACACAGGGGCCCCAUGAUCCCCUAUUGCCCGGGGGCCCCAUGAGUUGUCAGUCCGCCCCUGGUAUGAAGAUAUUUCAACAAACGAUGCCAGCACUUUGGGAGCCUUAUCUGGCUGCAUACUUAUCUGAGCCUGCUAAAGUUUAGCUUUAAAAACAAUGCCCCUGGUACCUUUUUCAUAGGCUUUUUUGAGUUUGGGCAAGGACACAGGGGCCCCAUGAUCCCCUAUUGCCUGGGGGCCCCAU